AUGGAAGAUGGAAAUGGUUAUUCAAUUUCUAUUGAGAGUGCUACGAAUUGUUGCUUUUUUACUAGGGUGAUUAUACUGUACUGACAGUAUAAGACGCUGAAUAUAAAAAUGAACCAACAAAAUUAUUUUUUCCUAAGGAAAAUAGCACCUUUUCAUUUUUCCCGAAAUUGGAUGAGAAGAAAGACCAUCGUGAAAGUGUUGCAGAAACAGAGACGAUCACCGAUUGGAAAGCUCCUGUCAAGUUAUCCCAGGCACUUCCAUACGACAGCAGUGCAAGUGAAUCAGAGGAUGAUGUUGAACAGUCUACGAGUGAUCUCAUUUCUUCUGUAGCUAAUAGGAAAAGAUGUUUAUUUUACCAUCCAGAUGACCAGGGAAUGAUGGACGCACUGCAAGGUGAGGCGAAAAUUAAGGAAAUAUAUGUAUGAUUGAGCGGCAUUUAUGUAAAACAUGACGAAACAGUGGUUACAGUGCUUAGUUUCUGUGAUAUGCAGUUAAUAGUUGAUUAUUACCUCGCCUCAGUCGCAUGUUAUAUAUGUUAUAAAGAAUGAGCUUGCUGUUUAGAACUGAUAGAUCACUGUCUUACAUGUUUCUUUCGGUAAGUGGUGAAAGCUAGUCUAAAAUAGGAUCCUAAUGCAACGGGUAUACCUUAAAAUACGAGUUUGCUUGGUACAGUUUUCAAAAAAAUCAUGUGCACAACAGUUUCGCAUUUUUAAACUUCAUAUUCUAUGAUGUUUCUUCUUUCAAGUCAUGUUUACUUAGUUACCGUAGUACCACAGUACCUAGUACCUAAUUGCUAUAUGGCCACACAAGCGUACAAAAUUCACUCGCUUCGCGUAGAAAGCACAUUUCCGUGCACAACAUGCAACAAGCUAUAUAUACAACACGCAUAUAAUGCUACACGACGGCGUGAGCAACUCGCCACGUUAGGUAAGAAUGGCACGCUGGUUUGUUUAUUUUGCAUAUAUAGCCGACGUAUCACCGUACAUUGUAUGUUCAGACGAUCGCUUGGAAUAAAAAUAUCCACAGGUGGAGUAUCAAGAUUAACCUGCUCCGAUCGCAGUAAUUAUAUGGUAUGAAAUAUCUUAUCGUUAUUAAGUCAACACUUUCUAUUUACACGUGUAGCGGAAAGUUCCAGUUUUAUGAGGAAAGAAUCAGUUGAAAGUUUAACACGUUAUUGGGUGGAAGUGAGACAGAAGAUCACGCAGGAUUAUAAGAAAAAAAGAAAGGACGCUUUAAGACGCCAAAAGAGAACAUCAUACAGGAGAGUGGAACGUUAAUGGUUAGUAUUUGAUUAUGCAUGUUUACGUUCUUUUCAUUGUUGGUGGGACAUUCCUUUCCAACAGCUGAAGAUUAUAUAUGUAAGUCAUUACUAUCAGCCUUCAUACUGUGGCAUGUAUAAACAUAAUAACUAAUGUGAAAUUUGUCGAUUUAGCAUUGGUAAUACUUUACUAAUAUAAGAAGAAAUAUAUAUGUGUUGAGAAAUUAGGGAAAAGAUUGAAACUUGUUUUUUACGACUUGUUAUAUAUAUAUAUAUAUAUAUAUAUAUAUGUUUAUACGAAUGAUAUAGAAAGACACAGUAUAGACGUUUGGAAUUUAUACAUUUUUCACAGAUACUACCAUGUAUAUUAUUAUGACGAUUACAAAAUUAGAAACAUUUAAUAUAAUUCUUAUACUUAUUUAAUUCUCCUUGCUCUUAUAUUUCCAGAAUACGUAAUGUGUAUAUUCACAAAAUUUUGCAUAAAAUAGUAGAUAAAAAAUUAUAAUUGAUACAAGUUAUAUUUAUACAGUCGUUAUGACUUACGUGUCAAUUUACAGUUAAGUAUGACUGUUUUCCACUUCUGCAUUUUGCCCGCAGCGGGCGAAAACGAUCUAUGGAUUUUUUCGCCUGUGUUGAAAUAACACCAAAGUGGAAUGCCGGCAUAAGAUAUUAAGUACUUAUAAAAAUAACCCAGCCCAAUUAGUUUUAAUGGUCAAUCGGCUUCAAAACGUUCUAGCUUGAACGUUUGCGUGGCGGUAGAGCAUUGUACAGUAUCUCUUGGGUUGUGGAAAACACCUGCACAUAUAUAUAUAUAUUUAUUAUUACAAAGCUUUCGAUCCCUAAUCACGGAUUUUCAUAGCACUCAAAUAUAGUAGACGUGGUGGUUUCCACAAGCCAUGAGAUAUAUACUAAUUUUAUACUUAAACAAUUUUGGCAUUUGCACGCCUAUAAAAAUAUUUUAAUGUUUAUGUUCUAUUAAGUAAACCGUACUAUAGACUGGUUUUGUUCAUGACAUUGUUCACAGUGAUUUUGUCAACAUAAGCGUAUACGGAUUUAUUCUAGAUGUAUACAGUUGGCAUUCUUUUACAAAAUAAUUUAACUACUUUCUAGAUUUUAAACGAUUUUGGCCUAUUUCAGCAGCCGGGAAAUACAAACUGAAAAUAACCCAUGUACAUACAAGCCUCUAACUUAAUAUAGACACAAUGUAAUAAAAUUGUGAAAACCGAAAUUCUAUAGGCCUACUAGGAUAGCAUCACAGUGGUCACAUACAUCGAUCAUAAGUAUAUUCGCUUAAAUGUUUUAGAUCUGAACAAAAGCAUACAGCUACAAUGUUUGCUCUAUAAAAUAUACGUUCUAGGUUUUCUUGAUUCUCUGAGAGACAUUCAUGUGCGAGGUGUGAUCCCUGUUUUAUCUUUGAUCCAUUGAAGUUUUUUGGCAACGUUUGUAUACGCAAGAAAUUGUGGAUCUGAAUCGCAUUCUUCAAAAUCAAAAUCAUGUAAAUCAGUUUCAUGCAGUAUAUCGUUGCCCCAGCUUAACACACCACUAAGAUACGCGAUAUGUUUGUAGCUCCUUCUAUCGCCGUAAUUCUUAUUGUACUCUUUUCUGGAGAACACUAGUGGUGAUCCACUAUCACCUGCACAAGCACCUCGUAACCCACCGGCACAUAUCAUGUGAUGGGAGAAGCUAUAGCGUUUGCAAUCUUUUGCCCUAUGGACUCGGACAGAUCUCUUCUGCAAACCAUUUCCACCAAGUUUAGUCAGGAUCAUGGCUGGCUCACUUCGAUUUUGUAAAAAGCUUUGUUGCUUUGCCAGAUCUGGAAUGCAUAUGGGUCGAACAUUCUCAGCAAAUGUAAUCGGGUUUGUUAACUUGACAAGGGCGAUGUCAUUUUUGCACUCUGUUUUCUUUGGCUUACAAGAAGAAUACUGAAUUAUCUCGGCCACUUCGGCUGAAUUGUCAUCGUUUGUAUAAACUCUGUAAAAGCCAUCUUUUUCAAGUGAAUGACCUGCUGUUAGUACCCACUUGUUGCUAAGAAUAACACCCAGAACGCCCAAAUUUUCACUUUCAUAAUCAAACCAGCUCUGCAUAAUCGUGGCAAAAUGAACAACCCAUGGCCAUUUAUUUUUGUUGGCAUCUUUCCAAUUUUGUGUUCCUUCAAUCCUAUUAUUGAUAACACCACAUUCUGAAACGAAUUUUAGGUUCACGUUAUUUCAUAACAACGAGAAAGUGUAAAGGUUUAGUUAAUAGUCUUGUGAGCUUAGUGUAUGCUGUAUAAGCUUGGCAUAUUUGUGUAUAAGCUCAUAGCUUACAAACUUAAUGGACAUAUUAGAUACAUGAAGUACUUCCCAAUACCAACUCUCUUUGUUCUUAUUUCUAUAAAUCUUUAUAUACAGUGUGAAAAAAACACAUGAAAACGAGUGAAUUUUGUGAAAACUUAUCAAAUUGUUGCUUGAAUAUCUUCAAGACCAUAAUAAAAAUGAAUCUCUACUAAUGUCAGUUACAGUAGCUGCCUACCACCAGUCGAUACAUGUGAUCAUUUUGAACAAAAUUCUUCAGGAAAUUGGUCGAAAGUUCUGGGGGCCGUGCCAUUUCCGUGCAUGCUCCCAGACUCCCUAGCAGGGUUAUCGGCCACACCGCGAAUUGACUGACGUCAUAUCAAGACCACUUCCCAAUCGCACAAUCAUACUAUCAAUCAUACUAUCAAUCAUACAGUCAAUCAUACAAUCAAUCACACAAUCAAUCACACAAUCACCCAUACAAUCAAUCAUACAAUCACCCAUACAAUCAAUCAUACAUACAAUUAUACAUACAAUAAUACAUACAAUCAAUCAUAUACAAUCACCCAUGUAUAGGUACUAUAAGUCUAUAAUGGAAGAGCUGGUACUAUAGGUACUAUAAUGGUAUACGCAAGUACUUCAUGUACUGUAGUAUAUAUUGCAGAUGAAAAAGCUCAUUUUAAGCAAUGUUAUGGAUUUUUAAAAUAGAGAUAGCAUUUUCGGGAGACCAAGAAUAGACCGAAUAGACGAUUUCAAUAGACAUUACCGAUUAUUCUCUUUUAUCCACUGGCCUCGUUUUCAUGUCAAAUACUUACUCAUGUUUUGUGCUUAGUAAGGUUGAAAAUUACUUUGUUAUUGAGCCUAAGAACAGCAAGAAACAAAUUCGUCCAGGAAAACAUGGAAAUAUAAUCUUUAUCUGCCCCUGAAAUGCUAAAAUAAAUUAACAUGGAAACGAGGCCAUUGCGGGCAUUGGGUAAAAGAGCUGAAUCAUCGGUAAGGUCUAUUCAAAAAAUAUUCGGUUCUAACCCACCUGAAUAAUCAAUUGUAUCACCGCAUGUCGUUCCAUCUUUGGCUAGGUAGUAACCUGUAUUACAAUCACAGUAAUAUCUGAAAUUACAGAAAAACACGAUUUAAAAUAUAGAGGAUGUAAUGUUAUCAAAUAGAUAGUGCAUGUGUAGUAUUAUGGUCUUGAGACGGAGCUACGAAGAGUUCUUCGCUCACUUCACGUAUUGACUUGUAUCACUUGUUACUUUGCUAUUAUACGUCGCUCUGUUUUUAUCUAGCAAUCCGUCCAGUGCGUUGUUUUGGUGGAUUAAUUUCUUAUAUUCUGCCUGGUUGUUAAACAAAGGUUCUUUGUGUUUCUUACCAUUGAAUGAGAGUGUUUAUACAGUCGAACCUCUAGGCUAACUGUUGAGGUUCUUUACGCCCAAUAUGAGCCUAUUCCAGGCCAUUCAUGCGGGCUCAUUCCCCGUCGAUUCCCCUGUCAUUUGCUUCCCAUUCCCCGUUCCCUAUUUUAAAGAUAGCCCACUGAAAAGAUGUGUCUCCUUAGAAGAGGCCUCUGGUAAUACAGGGUGUAUAAAAAAGUAGACAAUUUUGAAACAGCUCUCAAUUUCACAAAUAAAGAUAAAUUUUGUAAAAAAAGUAAAAUAACAAUUGCUCGUUUGCAAUCGACGCCCUAUAAAAUUCAUAUAUAUUGACACGUGGCAACUUUAAAAAUCAUAUAUAUUCUUCAUUCUUUGUCGUAUUGAGCCAAAGACCGUAAACUAUCCAUAAUACAGUAAUAUGUUUUACAGAAAAUGUUAAAUUAAACUCAACUACUUCGCUGUAAACGGCUUAACGAAAGUUUAAAAUCAACCAAGAUGGCGCCUAAUGACUCGUAGUGACGUCAUGUGCAAGCAAAGAAUAUGCAAAUUAGGUAAAUGCAUGAAUUAAGCAUGCAUGAUAGGCAUUGGCGCCAAGAAAUGAAAGUUUCAGCACUGAGUAUUGAGUAAAUUUUCUGAUAUUUGGACCAUUGAUAAAACACAACAAAUGUCUCGCCCAUCAACUCAAAAUGCGUUUUAAACUUUUAAAAUUUACUUAUCACAAAUUUCAUGAAAUGAACGGAUUUGUGAAUUUGAGAGCUGUUUCAAAAUUGUCUACUUUUUUCUAUGCACCAUGUAGGGGUCGUAAAUGUAAUUUGAUCUUUGUGCAAAUUCAUAGAUUAGCUAGAACCGCAUUCAGUGGCGUAGCGCUCAUUGGGUAGGGUUAGUUCCAAAACUAGGGGCCCCCGACAGUUAGGGGGCCCCAUCAGCCACGGCCUAUCGCCGAGAAAAUUAGAAAACGUAAAAAAUGCAGGUUAAGAAUCAAUGGGAAAAUGCAAAAUUAAUAAUGCUAAUUAAAAAGCCUCCAUCGACAACGGUAGCUGAUUUUUUAUUCCAUCACAAAUAAAACAAAAGUUAAUAAGUUCUUUGAAGUAAUAAAUAAGUUCUUUAAUAAUAAGUAAGUAAUGUAUGUAGUAUAAUAAGUAGUAUAAUAAGUUCUAGUAAUAGUAGUAUAAUAGUAUAAUAGUAGUAUAGUAAGUAGUAUAAUAAGUUCUUUAAUAGUAAGUAAGUAAGUAAGUUAAUAAGUUCUUUUGCAGUAAUAAAUUUACGUGGUGUUUCCACAAACAAAAACAAUUAAAACAAAAGUUAUUCUUAUUAGUUGUUGCAUGUGUUGGAGACUGUUAUUGUUUUAUUUGUUAUAGACACGGAAUUUCCCAGGACAUUCUAUAAAUAUUCAAUAUAAACAUAUAAUAUCUCAGUCAAACAAUGACAACAGUCAACAGGGGCCCCGGGCACACCAAAUAUGCCUAAGGGCCCCCUCUUCCUCCGUUACGCCACUGACCGCAUUUGCAUAAUUUUUGAUACCAUCUACCAUCAGUGAUAACCUGUAUAUGUGUUCCAACCAAUAUUUUACAAAAUUGACUUACCCUCCAUUUGUGUUGACACAGACUUGUUUACACGGUUUAUUUUGACAUUCAUUGAUAUCAACACAAGAGUGACCAUCGUUGCCCAAUUUAAACCCUGAUUGACACCUACAUUCGUAUGACCCUUGUGUGUUUAUACAGUUAUAUGCACAUGGUCCUCUUCCACCAUUGCGAGCGCAUUCAUCGAUAUCAUUACAAGAUUUGGAUCUGGAGUAAAAAUAGUUUGUUUUAGUCGCAAUAGUGCACUUCACAUUUAUCUAGUUUACUCGUAAUUUUCGAUAGGUGAUUACGUGGCGCGCUAUAAAGUUGUCAAGAAUUCGUGAUGAUUGUUAAAGUGAAUUCUAAGGUUGAGUGAGAAAACUCUCAUCAACUCCCAUCAAUUCUCAUUUGAACCAGCUCAAAGUAGUUGACGAGAGUCGAUGAGUCACCAAUUCUCAUCCUUUACCAUAUAUAAGGGCAUUCAUUUUAGCAAGCCAGAACGCAAGGGUAAUGUCAGAUGUGUUAUUCCGGGUUGAACAAAACCUGACUGUUACUACGUUACUUUUGCCUGCACAAUGGUGCAAUAUAAUUUCUGGAAAGUGUUCAGAAUAUGUAUAAACUAUAAUGUCAUAACAAAAGUAAUCUCAUCUAAUAAUCUAUACUUACCCUUUAGGUCGCGCUUCAAACCCAGUUUUACAACCACACCUAGAACUGCCAGGCAGAUUAUGACAAAUUUGUUGACAUCCGCCAUUGCUGAUAGAACACUCGUCAAUAUCGAGACACGCUGUUUUGUUGGCAUUCGCAGUAUAACCGUCGUCACAGUCGCAUGCAUAUCUACAGGAAAAACACACAAGUUAUGAAACAACAGCCAUUCGAAGCAACAAAAAUGCCUGUAGAAAUGACCAUACAAUUAUCCUUUAAGGGACUGACUAUAUCCUUUAAGGGACCGCCUAUAUAUACAGUGUGUAUAAAAGAACUGAACCCAUAUUGAACCGUUAUGUAGUAAUUUGACAGCUCUAAUAAACCUUUCCCCUUAUGAGUGAAAUUUUGAUCUAGAUAUGCCUGGACAAAAAUUUCAUC